AUGGGUAAAACACAUGGUGUUGCAAGAGGAGACGAAUACGAUGUUACUGUUCCUAAUUUAGAUGAAACAUUUUAUCAACAAGCAGCAUAUCAGAUGGCACGCUAUCCAAUGUACAAUGGACAAGGAGGAGCAUACGAUAUGUACAAUCCUCAUCCUGGUAUGUAUCGUAAUGUCUACCAAGUUUAUCAAUUAUCAAUUCAAGAGCAACAAGCUAAAAGUUCAAUAUUUAAAAAAAGUGAUCAAACAUUUGUUAAAAAUCGUCCACAAGUUGCUGGUUAUGAUUUUAAUUUGGGUGUUAAUUAUGAAAAAAUUUUGGAUACAUUUUUGAAACAAGGUUUUCAAGCAACAAAUUUCGGUCACGCUAUUGAAAUUAUAAAUGAAAUGAUUAAAGCUAAAAACGAUGGUUGUAAAAUAUUUCUUGGUUAUACAUCAAACAUGGUUUCAUGUGGUAAUCGUGAUAUAAUACGCUAUCUUGUUGAACAUAAACAAGUUGAUUGUAUUGUUACAACAGCUGGUGGAAUUGAAGAAGAUAUAAUGAAAUGUUUUGCACCAACAUACAAUGCAGAUUUUAAUUUAAGUGGAAAAGAAUUAAGACUAAAAGCAAUUAGUCGAAUUGGAAAUCUGUUGAUUUCAAGUAGAAUAAUAUCGGAACAACUCUUAAUACCUAUAUUAGAUAAAAUGUUAAAAGAACAAGAAGAAAAAAAUACAAACUGGACCCCCUCAAAAAUGAUUGAAUUAAUGGGUAAAGAAAUUUCUAAUGACAAAUCAAUUUAUUACUGGGCAUCGAAAAAUCAAAUUCCAGUUUUUUGUCCAGCUAUUACUGACGGAUCAAUUGGCGAUUUAAUCUUUUUCCAUUCAUUACAAUCGAAUGGAUUACGAAUUGACAUUGCUGAAGAUAUAAAACUACUGAAUACUGUUGCACUAAAUGCUAAAUCUACUGGAUGUUUGAUUUUGGGUAGUGGUCUAGUUAAACAUCAUAUAUUUAAUGCAAACGCAAUGAGAUCAGGUUUGAAUUAUGCGGUUGUAAUAAGUACAGCACAAGAAUAUGACGGAUCGGAUAGUGGUGCAAAUCUUGAUGAAGCUGUUUCAUGGGCUAAAGUACGUUCAAAUGCAAAACAAACUAAAGUUUUCGGUGAUGCGUCCGUACUAUUUCCAUUAUUAGUCGCUCGAACAUUUGCUUUACAAAAACAACAACAAGAAAAAGACGACGCAUAA